CCGUGUUAUCGAAAUGUCGGAUGAUAAUAUUCUUGACCCAUCAGUGAUUUUUAAAAUAAAUGAACAUUAAUUUCGUCUUUAUCCGUCGACGAUCACAUGAUUAAAUUGCUCAUUUAGGUAAUGGAGUGUUAAUGGACAAUGUCGUCGAAAGUACCGGCGGGCCCCCGUGAAGUCACGAUAACAAAGAGCGUCACCGGUUUUGGAUUUAACGUUCGUGGCCAGGUUAGCGAGGGUGGUCAACUUAAGAGUAUAAAUGGUCAACUCUACGCUCCUCUACAGCAUGUCAGUGCUGUACUCGAAGGAGGAGCAGCGUAUGAUGCAGGAAUCCGAAAAGGAGACAGGAUCCUCGAAGUGAAUAAUGUGAAUGUCGAAGGAUCAACACACAAACAAGUUGUAGACCUGAUCAAAUCGGGCGGUGAUGUGUUGACAUUGACUGUAAUUUCUGUUACACCUCAAGAAGCCGAAAGACUUGAACCAAGCGAAGAUCAGUCUACUUAUAAUUAUAUUGAUUACAGUGAUAAAAGAUCAUUACCAAUUUCUGUACCAGAUUAUCACACAGUUGAUAAAGAUGGAGACAAAUAUGUGGUGUUUAAUAUAUAUAUGGCUGGUCGUCACUUAUGCUCGAAACGAUAUAGUGAAUUUUCCAAUCUACAUGCUAACCUCAAAAGAGAGUUUAUUGGAUAUAGUUUUCCUAAACUCCCGGGAAAGUGGCCAUUUACGUUAAGUGAACAACAACUUGAUUCGAGAAGAAGAGGUUUGGAGUUAUAUUUGGAAAAGGUAUGUGCUGUUCGUGUGAUAGCUGAAUGUGAAAUCAUGCAAGAUUUUCUAGCUGAUUCUGGCAACAUACAGAAUAUUGACUCCAUAGUGGAUUUAAAAAUAAUAUUACCUGACCGAGAAAUAGUAGUUAUUAGAACUAAAAAAAAUGCAACAGCUGAUAGUGUUUACAACAGUGUUAUUGAUAAAAUACAAAUGGCUGAAAAUAUAGCAGAUUAUUUUUACCUAUUUGAAAUUGUUGAGUAUAACUUUGAAAGGAAAAUUCAACCGAAUGAAGUUGCCCAUCAACUUUAUGUUCAAAACUAUCGAACAGCUAGUGCUAGUUGUUUAUGUAUAAAACGAUGGCUAUUUAACCCUGCCAUUGAAAUCCGACUUAUAGAAUCAGAUAAUUUAGCUGCUACAUUUAUUUUCUGGAGUACUAUAGACGAAGUUGAUCGUAAUCAUAUCAUUGUAGGAGACCGUUUAUAUGAACUAAAAGCUUUGCAAGAUUCUUCCAAAAAAUUAGAUUAUUUAAAAAUGGCUAAAGAAUUACCUGGUUACGGUGAAGUAAUAUUUCCACAUUGUCCAUGCGACUCUCGAAAGACUGGUCAUGUGAUGGCAGCUGUUGGUUAUUUAGGUCUUAGACUUAUAGCGUGUACUGAAGAUGGUACUCUUGAGAAUCAAAUUGUUGAAUUCACAUGGAAAACUAUCAAAUGCUGGGAGAUUGAUGAGACUAAUGGAUUAUUUAGUUUUCAGUUUCAACGUGAAGAAAAAAGUCCUAAAAGUGUUAAAUUACAUACUCCUUAUUUUACAUUCCUAGCAGACUGCUUUAAUCGAAUACAAGAGGAAUCGUGGAAAAUUAAAUCACUAUAAAACAAUAAAUGCAUAGUAGUAUACAUCUUGUACGUGUAUGAAAUAUUUAAUAAUAUUUUAUGAGUAUAAAAUAAAAUACCUAAAUAGUAUUAUUGCAAUAUACAUAUAUUUUUUUUGGUAUAAGCUUUGAUUGAUAAUGUUCUAUUAUCCAUAAAAGGUGUGAUCCUCAAUUAAUUAAAAUUAAACUUUAAACAAAAAAUAAAGAAAAUGUGAUAGUAACAACUGGCGCCAUUUGUUUAUUAUUUUAAAUCUUAUUAAAGUCUAUUGCUUGAAUUUCUAUUUAUUGAUUCAUUUCAUUUUUUUUUUAAAUAGCUAUUGUCUAUCAAAAAACAACCAUAAAUUUGUGUAUAUUUUUAAGAUUAAAGUCCUGAAUUAUUCUUUUUAACUAUAUUCAAUUUUGUUUAUUUUAAAUUUUGUUCUAUAUUUAGUAUGAUUUUAUUUCAUUAUAAUUUGGAAAUUGGGAAAGUGGAAAAAUGUUGAACUUAUUUAUUUUAUUAAAUAGAAUAUAUAAUCUAAUUAAAAAAACUUUAAGUUCUAAAGCUUAAAAUACAUUUCCAUUUGAAAUUAGUUUUAUAUAAUUAUUUAAUAAAAAUAAAUUAUCAUCAUAAAUUAGAGCGAAAUUAAGAAUUGUAAAAUUAUUUAAAUUUACUAUGAUGUAACAAAUUAAAAGAUUUGUUUUUAACUAAUUAUUUAUUAAAUAUUUGAAAAAUCCAGUUCUUGUUAAACAUUCCCCAGCAUGAUUAGAGUUUCAAUAUUCCAUACAUUCAAUAUAUGGAAUGAUAUUUUUGCCUCUAUUUAAACGUAUUCCUAACUAGUUUUCCUAUAAUUUUUCUUUCGAUCUACUUUUAUUUUUUAGUAUUAUAUUGAUAUACAUUAUUUAAUUAAAUUCUAGUUUGUCAUAUGGACAUAUAUUUUAUUUACAUAAUACAUAUUAAAUAGCCUAUGUAUAUCAUGAGUAUAAUCAUAUUAUAUUUUUUUCAUCAAAUAAAAUUAUAGUGCCAGCAUUAUUGUAAUUUGGGCCAUUUAUAAAGCUUCGGUUUUACUUUCAAUUGUUUAUAUUUUAAAUCCUUUUAAACAAUAAGACAUUGUUUUAAUAAUUAUUUAUUGUAUUAUUUUAUUAUUGUAUAUUAUUAUUACAACAUGUUAUGUUAUACUAUGUAAUGAUCGAAAGACAUUUUUUUUUUUUAAUUUGAUUAUUUUAUAACAAGCACAUAAUAGAUUUUAUUCCAUCAAUUGUAUUAUACUGAGUGUUUAACAAGUGAUCACAUGAAUAGGUUUACAUUAUUUAAUCAUUGUAUAAGCUCGUUUUAAAGUAUAUAUAUUUUUUGUUUUAUAUAUCAUGAUGAUGAUAAAAGUGUACCUGCAAUAUUGUAUAUUCUGUUUAACACUCUGUAUAAUAAUUUAAUUUUAUAUCAAGAUUUGUUAUAAAUUAUGACACUUAUCAUUAAUUAUUUUUCAAUUUUCUUUAUUGUAACCAUGAAUUGUUUUAUGUAAAUUGAAGAUCUAAGAUAACAAGUGAUCACUGAAUAUUGUGAUCUACAUUAAGCUGUACGGAUAUACCCUAUUUUUUUAAUAGUGAAGUGGAGUAGUAAGUUAAACAUAAUUAUUGUUCCGUUAAUGCCCUGUUGUAAGUAAUAACUAAUUACAAAGAAAAAGUUAUUCAUAUAUAACUAUAUGUAACUUUUAAUAAAAUAUAUUUUUUGAAAGUGAUGUUCUUGAAAACUUAAA